UGGUAGUUAAGCGCGAGUUCUCCAUGUUUCCACAGUCCCUGAGAGCUUAUCUCUCGAAAUGUCUCGUUUCUCUUUUCGGAUUCGUAUAUAUAUCUGCUUCCAUCGAUUCAGAUUACCUCAUCAAGCAAAUAAACAAACAACGACAAAACAAAGAAAUCGAAAUCCCUAGUUUUCUACUAAUUCAGCGAAAUCUCCAAUUUUACUGAAGCUUAUAUUUAGUAACAAUGGCGACUAAAUCAGAAAAGGCUAUUGGCAUCGAUCUCGGCACUACAUACAGCUGUGUCGGAGUUUGGAUGAACGACCGUGUGGAGAUCAUACCUAACGAUCAGGGAAACCGUACUACGCCGUCGUACGUCGCCUUCACUGACACCGAGCGGAUGAUCGGAGACGCGGCGAAGAAUCAAGUGGCGUUGAACCCUCAGAACACUGUCUUCGAUGCGAAACGUCUCAUCGGGAGGAGAUUCUCUGACCCUUCUGUUCAGAGUGAUAUGGUACACUGGCCCUUCAAGGUUGUUUCCGGUCCUGGAGAUAAACCGAUGAUUGUUGUCUCGUACAAGAACGAAGAGAAGCAGUUCUCUCCUGAGGAGAUAUCUUCUAUGGUGUUGGUGAAGAUGAGGGAAGUCGCUGAGUCUUUCCUUGGUCACUCUGUCAAAAACGCCGUUGUGACUGUUCCGGCGUACUUUAAUGAUUCGCAGAGACAGGCUACGAAGGACGCCGGAGCUAUUUCUGGGCUCAAUGUUCUGCGGAUUAUUAACGAGCCGACUGCUGCAGCUAUAGCUUACGGUCUGGACAAGAAGGGUACGAAGACUGGUGAGAGGAAUGUUUUGAUUUUCGAUCUUGGUGGUGGAACGUUUGAUGUCUCGCUGUUGACGAUUGAAGAAGGUGUCUUUGAAGUGAAAGCUACUGCUGGAGAUACUCAUCUUGGUGGUGAAGACUUUGACAACAGACUUGUGAACCAUUUCGUUGCCGAGUUCAGGAGGAAACACAAGAAGGAUAUUGGUGGGAAUGCGAGGGCUCUCAGGAGGUUGAGGACGGCUUGUGAGAGAGCAAAGAGAACGCUUUCUUCCACAGCUCAGACGACUAUUGAGAUUGAUUCCUUGCACGAGGGUAUUGACUUCUACGCGACCAUCUCACGUGCCAGGUUUGAGGAGAUGAACAUGGAUUUGUUCAGGAAAUGUAUGGAUCCUGUUGAGAAAGUUCUUAAAGACGCCAAGCUUGACAAGGCACGUGUCCACGAGGUGGUUCUGGUCGGAGGUUCUACGAGGAUUCCGAAAAUUCAACAGCUUUUGCAAGAUUUCUUUAAUGGGAAGGAGCUAUGCAAGAGCAUUAACCCUGAUGAAGCCGUUGCGUAUGGAGCUGCCGUUCAGGCUGCGAUUCUGACUGGUGAAGGGAGUGACAAGGUUCAAGAUCUUUUGCUUCUUGAUGUUGCUCCGCUAAGCCUUGGACUUGAGACAGCAGGUGGUGUGAUGACUGUGCUAAUUCCGAGGAACACGACGGUUCCUUGUAAGAGGGAGCAGGUGUUCUCCACUUAUGCGGACAAUCAGCCUGGCGUUCUGAUCCAAGUCUAUGAAGGAGAACGUGCGAGGACCAAAGACAACAACCUGCUUGGAACGUUUGAGCUCAAGGGCAUUCCUCCUGCCCCACGUGGAGUUCCUCAAAUCAAUGUUUGCUUUGACAUUGAUGCGAAUGGGAUCUUAAAUGUCUCGGCGGAGGACAAGACCGCUGGUGUAAAGAACCAGAUCACGAUCACAAACGAUAAAGGAAGGUUGAGUAAAGAAGAGAUUGAGAAGAUGGUGCAAGACGCUGAGAAGUAUAAGGCUGAGGAUGAGCAAGUGAAGAAAAAAGUCGAGGCCAAGAACUCGCUGGAGAACUAUGCUUACAACAUGAGAAACACUAUUAAGGAUGAGAAACUCGCCCAGAAGCUAGAUCAAGAGGAUAAGCAGAAGAUCGAGAAGGCAAUCGAUGAGACAAUCGAAUGGAUUGAAGGUAACCAGCUGGCGGAAGUUGAUGAGUUCGAAUAUAAGUUGAAAGAGUUGGAGGGUAUUUGCAACCCAAUCAUCUCAAAGAUGUAUCAGGGUGGUGCUGGUGCUGGAGGUCCAACAGGGGGUAUGCCAACAAAUGAUGGCUCCGGUGGUUCCAGCGGUGCUGGAGGUCCAAAGAUCGAAGAGGUGGAUUAGAGCGUGUGCAAUGUUCACAGAUUGCAGAGUGCAAGGAAAGACAGAGUGGUUAUGCGCCUCUUUGUAUUGUGUGAGAGUUUUAAGAGUGUUCAUAGGUGUCCUGCUAGGGUGAGCAAUGAAAGUAAUAUAUUUGUGUGCUUUACACGUUUCAGUAUGUUGAGUAAUAAAAGAAAGUUGUCUUCUAUUUCUCAAGAAA